CACUUACCACCGCUGACACCAUGCGCUACUACGGCAGCUACUACGGAGGCCUGGGCUAUGGCUAUGGAGGCUUUGGUGGCCUGGGCUAUGGCUAUGGCUGCGGAUGUGGCAGCUUCCGCAGACUGGGCUAUGGCUGUGGUUAUGGAGGCUAUGGCUAUGGCUGUUGCUUCGGUGGCCUAGGCUAUGGCUAUGGCUGUGGCUAUGGAGGCUAUGGAUAUGGCUGCUGCCGUCCAUUAUGCUAUGGAGGAUAUGGAUUCUCCCGCUUCUACUAAACUACUGCCCCAGGAACUCAACAUCUGAAAUUAUAAGAAACUUCCCAGAUGUGA